AAUAAAAGUUUCACGUAUCAACCAACAUUCUCACAUCUUUAAUUCUAUCUUCAUAAGAAAUAGAGUGUUACAAAAUUGAUAUCAUUUUUGCGACAUGGGGGAUGAGGAAAAGCAGACACCUGCAACCCUUGAGAUCUCCAUGGAGAACGGAAAUUUGAAGGAGGAGAAAACCACUUCAAAUGAUGAGCCAGAGAUUAAAUACGGAGGAAUUAAAGCCAUGCCCUUUGUCAUAGGAAAUGAGACCUUUGAGAAGCUUGGUACAGUUGGCUCUUCAACAAAUCUUGCUGUGUAUCUGACUACAGUUUUCAACAUGAAGAGUGUCAAAGCCACCACACUUCUUAAUGUCUUUAAUGGCACGACAAACCUGGCACCUCUGAUUGGAGCUUACCUCUCUGAUACUUACUUUGGACGUUACUGGACCUUGGGUUUUGCUUCUGUCUUUUCUUUCCUGGGGAUGGUGGUAUUGAUGCUAACAGCAGCAAUCUCCACCAUGCACCCUCCAAAGUGCGCCCCAGGUGCUGUGUGUGCUGGGCCAACAAGCUGGCAACUAGCCUUUUUAUUAAGUGGGUUUGCUUUUUUGAUAAUCGGAGCUGGUGGCAUCAGGCCUUGCAACCUAGCCUUUGGAGCUGAUCAAUUCAAUCCCAACACUGAAUCUGGCAAGAGGGGUAUCACUAGCUUCUUCAAUUGGUACUACUUUACCUUCACUUUCGCGAUGAUGAUCUCGGUAACUGGCAUUGUCUAUGUGCAAUCAAAUGUUAGCUGGGCCAUUGGUUUGGGGAUUCCUGCAUUUCUAAUGCUCCUUUCAUGUGUAACGUUCUUCGUGGGAACGAGAAUUUAUGUUAUAGUGAAACCUCAAGGCAGCCCUAUAACUAGUAUAGUACAAGUACUUGUUGCUGCUACCAAGAAACGAGGCCUCAAGGUUCCUGAUAAUUCAGCUAUGUCUCUUUUCAACUAUAUUCCAGCCAAAUCUAUCAACUCUAAGCUUCCUCGCACAGAACAAUUUAGGUGUCUUGACAAAGCUGCAAUCAUUACAGAUGAAAAUCAGAUUAACUUGGAUGGUACAGCUGCCAACCCAUGGAAACUUUGCAGCGUCCAACAAGUUGAGGAGGUGAAAUGCUUGUUGAGGAUAAUCCCCAUAUGGUCAACAUCCAUACUUUAUCAAAUUCCCUUGCUCCAGCAACAGACUUACGUAGUGUUCCAAGCCCUUCAGAUGGAUAGACGUCUAGGCAGUACCAAUUUCAAGGUGCCCGCUGCAACAUAUAUAAUCUUUACAAUGUUAACCCUCAGUAUUUGGAUUCCCCUCUACGACAGAAUCAUCGUUCCAUUUCUUCAAAGGCUUACCGGCAAAGACGGUGGGAUAACAUUGCUUCAAAGAAUGGGGAUUGGAAUGAUUCUAGCGAUUCUUUGCACGGUUGUUUCUGGAUUGGUGGAAGAAAAUAGAAGGCACAUUGCUUUAACAAGGCCACCGUUAGGCCAGACGAACAAAGGUGGCUCUAUAUCAUCAAUGUCUGGUAUGUGGCUGAUACCACAACUUGCACUUGCUGGACUUUCUGAGGGUUUCAAUUAUAUUGCACAGAUUGAAUUCUACUAUAAGCAAUUCCCAGAAAAUAUGAGGAGUAUUGCCGGAUCAGCCUUCUUCGCGGGUGGUGCUCUCUCUAAUUAUCUCUGUGGUUUCCUUGUUUCUAUAGUCCACCAAAUUACUUCAGGGAGUAAAACUGGAGAUUGGUUGGAUGAUGAUCUUAACAAAGGAAAAUUGGAUUACUUCUAUUACGUGAUUGCUGGUUUGGGGAUCCUCAACUUUGGAUAUUUUCUUUUGUGUGCCAAAUGGUAUAGAUACAAAGAUGCAGAUGAUAGCACAGUGGGGAUGGCUACAAAAGGAAUCUGAGAAGCAUAUUGCAUGAAGAGGAAAUUAAGCUUGAUGGCCCUGGAAUGGAACUAUGCUACCAGUUGUUUGAAGUUUCCCUUCCCGGCAUCAACACGUCAAGGAGUUCAUUAGAAAGAAGAGAAAGAAAAAUGCACGAACUAUUAGAACCAUAAUAUCAUGGAAUGUGACAGAUUUCUUGUCACGUUUAAAGGAGCCCUGGCUAUAUAACCUGUCAUCAAUAAAAAAAAUUUACUGCUCCUAAAUGCAUAUUCUUGGAGUGACA